CACACCGCCCGGCCGAGAUUGGCUGCCGGGUGAUGUGGACAGGCGAUCAAACCAACACCAUUGUAAAUCAGGAAUUCGCUUGUCGGGAAGCCUGUUGUCCGGCAUGAGAAAUUCGCUGUGGCUGGGUCCCUGCAACUUCACAGAAGUGCCAGCAUGUCCGCCGUUUCGAUAACGAUAAGUGGUUUAUCGGUGAUGGCGGUGGCGCCGUCUCCCGGCCUGUCAAGGAUCCAUGCCGAACGGUCCUGUGCAAAGGGGCUUGCAAAAGGCUCCAGAGCCUCAACAAUUCAGCUGCGGAGACACCGGCCCAGCGUCUGUGUGCGACGCAGGCGGCCAAUGGCCCUGUUCAAAUUGCACUGCACCUCCUCGCGACGCCGAGAGCCCGCGAAAGUUUCGUUGCUGCACAAACUUCUUCCCGGCAAGGCUGCAAUCGAUUUCCCCUGAGCCACGCAUCGGGCGAUAGAUUAAAUUGCGCCUAACGGUGUCGCGGAUGACGAAAGUGACAAGCGCUGUCAAGCAGGCCCGG